AUGGCUUCAUUUAUUCCGGUUGCCGGCAGUUUUACCGUGUACGCUUCUCGAUUCGUCGACCGCUCUCUUGGUUUCGCGAUGGGCUGGAUUUAUUGGUUCAGCUGGUCCAUAACGUUCGCCCUCGAACUCGUAGCAGCCGGCGUUAUUAUCCAGUAUUGGGACUCGAAGCUUAGCAUCGGAAUCUUUAUCGCUAUUUUUUGGGUCAUCUUCACAGGCGCCAAUUUCUUGCCAAUUCGUUAUUUUGGAGCCUUCGAAAUGUGGUUCUCUAGCAUCAAAGUCGUCACUAUCGUCGGUUUCAUCAUAUUCGCCAUUUGUAUUGAUGCUGGUGCGGGGAAGAAUGGAUAUCUCGGUUUCGACGCCUGGGUACACCCUGGCCCUUUCGCCGAAUAUAUUUUUACUGGAAACACCGGGAAGUUUGUUGGAUUCUGGUCGGUACUCGUUACCGCCGGAUUCAGCUACCAGGGAGCAGAACUUGUCGGCAUCGGCGCGGGAGAGACUCAUGACCCAGCAAAGAAUGUCCCAAAGGCUAUUCGGUGGACAUUCUGGGGAAUUUUAUCUCUUUUCGUUUCAACCAUCUUUUUUGUCGGCUUACUCGUGCCUUAUGAUACGGAAGCUCUUCUAAUCGGCACUACGGAUGCCUCAGCAUCGCCACGCCACUUGUUAUCGCAGCCAACCUCGCUGGGGUUUCCGUGCUUCCCCAUAUCAUCAACGCCGUCCUAUUAA